UGCCAACACACGUGCAAUGAGAAGAAAUGGAGGAAAGGUUUGAAUUUAAGUUUUAGUGCAAUUGAGUGUUGUACCGCUUAAAACCUUUAAAAUUAACAAUCGUGGAUAUAUAUAUUUGCCGUACUGAGGAGAUUUUCAAUAUUUUUACUCUGUUCUAAUAUUGCACUUUUAAAAAGUUGGAGAACAAAUGGAGUGUGGAGCACAAAUGGAGAACAAUAAUAGUGCAAGUGAAGAACAAGAGAAUGAGAACAGUUUGAAAAGAUCUAUUGAUGAGGUUGAGGAUUGUGCAACAAACUCUAGUGAAAAAAAGAUAGAUGUAAAGUUAGAAUCAGCAGCAGAGAUAAGCGUCAGUUCUGUAGAACAAGCAAAGUGUCCCAGUGAAAUGGAAAUAAAUGAAACUACAGAGAGUAAAGAUGCUGAAUCAAAAAUAGAAUGGGAGAGUGAGAAGAGUAUAAAAAGAUCUAUUGAUGAAGUUGAGGAUUGUGCAACAAACCCUAGUGAAAAAAAAAUGGAUCUAAAGUUGGAAUCAGCAUACACUGCAGAGACAAGCGUCAGUUCUGUAGAACAAGUGAAGUGUCCCAGUGAAGUAAUUGAGACUAGAGAGAGUAAAGAUGCUGAAUCAAAGAUAGAUUAUAGAAGAAAAAGGAAAUGUGUGCUACUAUUGUCGUAUUGUGGGAAGGGUUACAAUGGCAUGCAAAGAAAUCCUGGAGUAAGAACAAUUGAGGAGGACCUAACCAAUGCAUUGCUUAAAGCCAGAGCAAUUUCAGAGGAUGCAUCAAGAAAUUAUUCAAUUAUGUCGUUCCAAAGAUGUGCAAGAACUGACAAAGGUGUUUCAGCAGCGCGUCAAGUUGUUUCUUUAAAGAUGGUUCCCUACAAAGAGCUAAUUCCUGAAAUCAACAAACAUUUGGAACCACAGAUACGGGUAUUUGCUUUGAAACAAGUAACGCGUGGCUUCGAUUGUAAAAGCAGAUGUUCAUCCAGGACAUACAAGUACAUUUUGCCGACAUUUGCGUUUGCACCAAGUUAUGCUCAUACAACAAAGUAUUUUAGGAUGACAGAUGAGAUCCUAGAGGAACUGAAUUUGGUACUGAAGACUUAUGAAGGCACAAAAAACUUUCAUAACUUUACAUCAGGAAAGGAUUUCAAGGAGGAAAGUGCCAAAAGAUACAUAAUUCAGUUCAAUGUGGAUGGUACACCAUUAGUGGAAGGUGACAUGGAGUUUUUAGUCCUUAAAGUUCAAGGACAAAGCUUCAUGCAACACCAAAUUAGGAAAAUGAUAGGUUUGGUUAUUGCGAUAAUGAAGAAAUUCACUGACGUGGGUGCUUUACAAAGGGCAUUCCUGCAGCCAAAGAUGGACGUUCCAAGAGCUCCUGGCCUUGGGCUUAUUUUAGAUCAGGUUUAUUUCAACAGUUACAAUGAAAGGUUUGGACAUGAUGGUCUUCAUGAACCAUUAGAAUGGAGUGAGUGUGAGGACAAAAUUGAGGAAUUCCGAAAGAAGUAUAUUUAUAAUGAUAUUAUAAAGACAGAAACAGCCACUAAUUCAAUGAUGAAAUGGUUAGGCACACUGAAGCUUCAUACAUUCAACAGCGACAGAAUGACGGAACUGACAAAAUCAGAAGAAAACAAAACAGCAGAGACAGUGAAAACUUAAGCUUUAGAAGACAGUUGUUAAAACAACGUUGGGUGGUAAUUCAGCUAUUGAACCAUGUAGAAGACAUUUGACAUAAAGAUAUUUGUACUGAUUAUCUGUAUCAUAUACACAGUAUAUACCACACAAAAGUGAUUUCUUUUCAUUUAAAAGUUUCCAAAUGAAAUAAAUAACUAUAGUCUUCCGCCACCAGAACUGAUGGAGCCCUGAGUGGUUAAGCUGAUGGCCUAUAAUGUGGAAAGCAACCUUUUGAUUUUCUAACCCGAUUAUUAUUUCAUUUAUUAUUCUUUAGAAUUGAAGGUGAAAAAAAAAAUUACAUCGCUUCGCUAUCAGCUUUGCUGGCCGAGUUGUAAAGGUUUGUCAAAUUCUUAUUUAAUUUCAAAGAUA